CAGACGGAGGACGGAUGUCCUGACCAUGAGAGUCCUCAUCUGCUUCGAGGGCUCCUGUGAGCCUUUUGACGUCCCUCCUGAUCUGACUGUGGGGGCCGUAAAGCAGAUGGUAAAGGAAACUUUUCUUGUGCAACUCUCUGAAGACAAGCAGAUCUGGCAGUACCUGGAGCUGAGCUACGGGGGUGCAGCGCUGCAGGACCACUGGGCUCUGUGCGACGUGGGCAUCACAAGGGGUAGUGCCAUCCGAUGCCUGAUAAAGACGGAACGAAGGCCUGUGAUGUGUGUGUUCAAUGCUGUGACCGGAGAAACCUUACCGAUCAUGGGAAGUAAAGCUCUUCUGCAUACAUCCGUUGCUCGAUUAAAAACUUUGGUGUCGUUACAAAGUGGCUUCCCUGUCAGCGCCUUCAGACUGAGCACAUCCACCGGUGUGCAGCUCUAUGACUGCAACCAACUACAAGACUAUGACAUCAAAAUAGGCAUCACUCUCCGUUUGGACACGUGGGACGGGUGGGUGGAGUUCCUCCAGGGUUGCCUCCGGGGCCACAGAUACACAGUCCAGAGCCACCUAUCAGAGAAGAAGGCAGUGAUGAGGUUUCAGCUGCAGGUCGCUCUGUACAUUGCUGCCUCGUUAGGCCACCUUGAUCUCGCAGACUGGCUGAUAGAGAGGGGGAUGCAUGCUGAGGAACCAGUGGGAGUCCAUCCAUACCGCCAGUGGUGCCACCAAACCGCCCACCCAGACACUGGAAAGUGUCCCAUCCACAUAGCUGCAGAGAGCAGUCAGCUCCUCAUCCUCAAACUCUUCAUCACUAAAAACCCUCUGAUGCUGGCUUGUCGGGACCCUGCAGGUCGUGACCCUUUGAAAGUUGCUCUUCAGCAUGGUCACAGGGACUGUGUGCGCUACUUAGCCAACAAGCUGUGCUCGGUAGUAUCCCUGCCAAACGUGUCCCUGCCCAUGCGUAUCUACCUCCAGGUUAAACUCUGGGUGAGUUUGGCCCAGAGAAGGGCAGCUUCCAUUCGAUGCCAGGGCACCUGCGCUGCAUUCAAAGCCACGGUGGGAGAUACUCUGCUGGUGGAUGGCUUCGACCAGCCAAACAUGUCUUCAAAAUUGAGGAGGGCUGCGACCAAACAUAGCAGAGGGCCCAAGGCUAAAGCUUUGCAGCCCUUACCUCCCAUCAGCAACUUACUUUCACCACCAUACCUCCCCUUCAAAACAGCAUCACCACGAAUACCCCGCCUGCAGUCUGUGAAACCUGGUUACUUUAAAGAGAUGAUGGAAAAGAGGAAUCAAGACUUAAAACGUGGAGAGGAUGCCCUCAUGGAGGAAAACAGCAGGGGAAAGCUUACACUUCCACCAAUCACUGGUAGAAAAACUAUUCCCAGGCCGGCAUUUGUUGAUGUGUCACCAAAACCUCCCCAUAUUCCGGAGUCCGACUUUCUCCACUGUGGCCGGACACCGAGAGAAAACGCAGUACACUGCUUGACUAUUGCCAGUGCCUUCACAGAGAAGCCCUGGUUGAAGCAGCUGAGCAUAGCACGGACCAUGAUCAGGAAGCAUGUCCACACCAUAGCCUGA